UGCGCAGCGGAGUGCGUAAGGGGGCGUGGCCAGGGCAGGGGCGGGGCUCAAGGCCCAGAAGAGAAGAAGCGGCGGAAGCGGAGGCCUCGCCUCGCAGUGAGCGACCCACCGUCCUGCUGCCCCUCCUCAAAGAUGGUGAAGCUGGACAUCCACACGUUGGCGCAUCACCUCAAGCAGGAACGGCUGUAUGUGAAUUCGGAAAAGCAGCUUAUCCAGCGGCUGAAUGCGGAAGUGCUGAAGACGGCGGAAAAGCUGUACCGCACGGCAUGGAUCUCUAAGCAGCAGAGGAUUAACUUGGACCGACUCAUCAUAACAAGCGCCGAAGCCUCCCCGGCCGAAUGUUGCCAACAUGCAAAAGUCUUGGAAGACACGCAGUUUGUGGACGGCUACAAGCAGCUGGGCUUCCAGGAGACGGCCUAUGGGGAGUUCCUCAACCGCCUGCGCGAGAACCCGCGCCUCAUCGCCUCCUGCCUGGUGGCUGGCGAGAAGCUCAACCAGGAGAACACCCAGAGCGUCAUUCAUACCGUUUUCACCUCCAUCUACGGCAACUGCAUCAUGCCGGAAGACGAAAGCUACCUCCUCCAGGUCUUGCGCUACCUGAUUGAGUUUGAGCUCAAGGAGAGCGACAACCCCCGGCGGCUGCUGCGGAGAGGCACCUGCGCCUUCAGCAUCCUCUUCAAGCUCUUCUCGGAGGGGCUCUUCUCGGCCAAGCUCUUCCUCACGGCCACUCUGCACGAGCCCAUCAUGCAGCUGCUGGUGGAGGAUGAAGACCACCUGGAGACCGACCCCCACAAGCUGACCGAGCGCUUCUCCCCGGCCCAGCAGGAGAAGCUCUUUGGGGAGAAGGGCACCGAGCGCUUCCGGCAGAAGGUCCAGGAGAUGGUGGAGGCCAACGAGGCCAAGCUGGUGGCCCUGGUCAACAAGUUCAUCGGCUACCUCAAGCAGAACACCUACUGCUUCCCCCACAGCCUGCGCUGGAUCGUGUCCCAGAUGUACAAGACCCUCUCCUGCGUUGACAGGCUGGACGUCGGGGAAGUGAGGGCCAUGUGCACGGACCUCCUCCUGGCCUGCUUCAUUUGCCCGGCGGUUGUCAAUCCCGAGCAGUAUGGGAUUAUUUCGGAUGCUCCCAUCAAUGAAGUGGCGCGGUUUAACCUGAUGCAGGUUGGGAGACUUCUGCAGCAGCUGGCCAUGACCAGUUCAGAAGAAGGAGACCCCCGCACCAAGAGCCACCUGGGUAAAUUUGACAAAGGCUGUGUGGCUGCUUUCCUGGAUGUCGUCAUCGGUGGCCGCGCUGUGGAGACCCCUCCCAUGUCGUCGGUGAACCUUCUGGAAGGGCUGAGCAGAACCGUGGUUUACAUGACGUACGGACAACUUACGACCCUAGUCAGCUUUAUGCGGAAUGUGAUGUCCGGGGACCAGCUGAAGGAGGACCGCAUGGCCCUGGAGAGCCUUCUUCUGAACCUGCCCCAGAACAAGCCGGGCAAGAGCAGCAGCCUCGAAAUGACACCGUACAACACCCCACAGCUCUCUCCCGCAACCACCCCGGCCAACAAAAAGAACCGCUUGCCUAUAGGACAACAGUUGGCAGCCAUGACGGCCUGGGAAACCUCCGCCAACAACCUGACCGCUCACAUAAACCUAGUAACCCCAUUUGCCACCCGCAGUCGGAGCCGGUCAAAUAUGCAAGCGGAUCAGCACUUUGACCACGAUGGCUUAUCCCAAGAGACGAUACAGGAGGUCCAGCCGGAUGAAGUCUUGGUCAUUUCACUUGGGACCGGACCCCAAAUCACACCGGGAAUGAUGUCGGAAAAUGAGGUUUUAAACCUGCAGCUUGCUGAGGGCGGGCAAGGAGACGUCCCUGUUGACGAAACCAAGCUCCACGGUAAACCUGAUAAAACCUUGCGCUUUUCCCUCUGCAGUGAUAAUCUGGAAGGAAUAUCUGAAGGUCCGUCGAACCGCUCCAAUUCCGUGUCCUCUUUGGAUUUGGAAGGGGAGUCUGUCUCCGAAUUGGGAGCCGGCCCUUCGGGGAGCAACGGGGUGGAAGCCCUGCAACUGCUGGAGCAUGAACAAGCUACCACCCAGGAUAAUCUCGACGACAAACUGCGCAAAUUUGAGAUCCGGGACAUGAUGGGGUUGACGGAAGACCGGGACAUUUCGGAAACUGUAAGCGAGACCUGGAGCACCGACGUCCUGGGGAGCGACUUCGACCCGAACAUCGACGAGGACCGCUUGCAGGAAAUCGCAGGUGCUGCGGCGGAGAACAUGCUGGGGACCUUACUGUGCCUCCCGGGUUCCGGGUCGGUGCUCUUUGACCCUUGCACGGGUUCAACCAUCUCUGAAACCACCAGCGAAGCCUGGAGCGUUGAAGUGUUGCCCAGCGAUUCAGAAGCUCCGGACUUGAAGCAGGAGGAGAGGCUUCAGGAACUGGAGAGCUGCUCCGGGGUGGGAAGCACUUCGGAUGACACCGACGUUCGGGAAGUGAGCUCCCGGCCCAGCACCCCGGGCCUCAGUGUCGUGUCGGGGAUCAGCGCAACCUCCGAAGACAUCCCAAAUAAGAUCGAAGACCUCCGCUCCGAGUGCAGCUCCGACUUUGGGGGGAAAGAUUCGGUCACCAGCCCCGAUAUGGACGAAACCGCUCACAAUGCUGCCCAUCUGACCUCCCCUCCGUCCCAGGCAGAUUCAUUGCUGGCCAUGUUCGAUCCUUUAUCUUCUCAUGAAGUGGUGCGGCCCAAGGUACACUACGCGCGGCCCUCGCACCCGCCUCCGGACCCCCCCAUCCUGGAAGGGGCGCCAGGGGGCAACGAGGCCCGGCUGCCCAACUUCGGCUCCCACGCCGCCCUCCUCCUGGAUGCAGAGGCCUUCAAGCAGCGCUACUCAUACCCGGAGAGGCUGGUGCGGAGCCGCAGCUCGGACAUCGUCUCAUCAGCCCGCAGGCCCAUGAGCGACCCCGGCUGGAACCGCAGGGCUGGCAACGAGGGGGAGAGGGACUUCCCCGCGCCCGUCGGCAUUGGUGGCCCUGCCUUGAUCGCGACCCCACAGUCCUCUUCCUCCUCACCGAGCAAAGAUUCCUGCCGGAGCGAGAUGGAGGACCGGAAGGAUAGCGAUGAUGAAAAAUCGGAUCGGAACAAACCCUGGUGGAGGAAACGUUUUGUUUCGGCAAUGCCUAAAGCUCCAAUCCCAUUUAGGAAAAAAGAGAAACAAGACAAGGACAGAGAUGAUUUCGUGCCUGAUAGAUUUGGUUCCCUUCAAGACGAUUCUGGUCCCCGCCUUAGCGCUCAGGCCCAAGCGGCGGAAGACAUCCUGGACAAAUACCGGAACGCCAUCAAGCGCACCUGUACCAGCGAGGGCCCCGUUGUGAGCUAUGACAACACAGAUGCCAUCGGAGACGGAGAAAGCAUCCAUGACUCCCCCCGGGAGGACGCCUUGCAAAACAUCUCUGCGGAUGACCUUCCGGACUCGGCCAGCCAGGCUGCCCAGCCGCAGGAUUCGGCCUUUUCCUACCGGGAUGCCAAGAAGAAGCUACGCCUCGCACUGUGUUCGGCCGACUCUGUGGCCUUCCCAAUGUUGUCCCACUCGACGCGCAACGGGCUUCCGGACCACACCGACCCGGAAGACAAUGAAAUCGUGUGCUUCCUAAAAGUCCAGCUGGCCGAAGCCAUCAACCUCCAGGACAAGAACCUGAUGGCCCAGCUUCAGGAGACCAUGCGUUGCGUCGGCCGCUUCGACAACCGGACUUGCUGCAAACUGUUGGCCUCCAUUGCUGAGGAUUACAGGAAAAGAGCCCCAUACAUUGCGUACCUGACCCGCUGCCGCCAGGGUCUGCAGACCACCCAGGCCCACCUGGAAAGGCUGUUGCAGCGCGUCUUGCGGGACAAAGAGGUGGCCAACCGCUACUUCACCACCGUCUGCGUGCGGCUGCUGCUGGAGAGCAAGGAGUCCAAGAUACGGGAGUUCAUUCAAGACUUCCAGAAGCUGACGGCAGCUGACGACAAGACGGCCCAAGUGGAGGACUUCCUGCAGUUCCUGUACGGGGCGAUGGCGCAGGACGUCAUCUGGCAGAACGCUAGCGAGGAGCAGCUGCAGGACGCCCAGCUGGCCAUCGAGCGCAGCGUCAUGAACCGCAUCUUCAAGCUGGCCUUCUACCCCAACCAGGACGGGGACAUCCUGCGGGAUCAGCUCCUCCACGAUCACAUCCAGAGGUUAUCGAAAGUUGUGACGGCCAACCAUAAAGCGCUUCAGAUCCCGGAGGUCUACCUCCGCGAAGCCCCCUGGCCCUCUGCACAGUCCGAGAUCCACACCAUCAGCGCCUACAAGACGCCCCGGGACAAGCUGCAGUGUGUCCUGCGGAUGUGCUCCACCAUCAUGAACCUGCUGAGCCUGGCGAAUGAGGACUCGGUCCCUGGGGCAGAUGACUUUGUCCCGGUCCUGGUGUUCGUGCUCAUAAAGGCCAACCCACCGUGCUUGCUGUCCACGGUCCAAUACAUCAGCAGCUUCUACGCCAACUGCUUGACUGGAGAGGAGUCCUAUUGGUGGAUGCAGUUCACGGCGGCCGUGGAGUUCAUCAAGACCAUUGACGAGCGCAAGUGAUUGGAGGAAACGGGGGGGAAAAAAAGGACCUCGAAGAAUGUAAUGCUGCCGGUCUUCCUUCCUUUCCUUUCCUUUCCCUUCCUUCCAGACGCAAAAAGACUUCCGGGUGUAAAUAGUGUACAGAGUCCAGGCAUUUUAAAGAAAAACACAACCCCAAUCUUCACUAAUUAGACUAAUCCUGAUAGCAAUUUAGGGGGCGCGUCAUUGUUUCGUCGUCUUCUCAUUUCGAAGGAAAAUAUAUCCUCUUUCCCAUCAAUCAGAAAAAAAAGGGACCAUGUUGUUAAAAGGAUGUUGGGAAUCGCCGGACCUUUGUCUCCAUCCAUAUCGACAUCUAUAUAUUAUUUUUUGUUUUGUCUCUCCGUAUCAGACCCCAUUGGAUCAAGGCUUUGGCCUUUAUGGGAAGUUUAAGCUAAGUUUUGUUUUGUUUUGGGAAGCGGGAAACGGGGCCGAGUAUUUAUUAAAAAGUAUUUACCGGGAAACUAAAAACUGGAACGCUUUUUUUCACGGAGCCUUUUCUGCAUUUAGUUUAGGGGGGAAAGGGCGUUGUCGUCGUCAUCGAUCGCACAUUAAUAGGGUUUAUUAUAAAGCGGGACGGAUCGAAAAGUUCUAAUAAUAUAAAAAAAAUGCAUCUAUACCUUGCUAUUCUUUUUUUUUUUGUUCUUCUUCUUCCCUUCCGAAAACACUGUGUAUAUUGUACAAACCUCCUCCUCCCUCUCGACGGAAAUUUUUUGUCUCCCCACCGAAACCAGAAACUGUAAUAUAUAUUUUGAUUAUUCAUAUUAAAAAAAAUACAUACGCCGGG